CCAACGCUGCAAAUUUUCUCUCAGUCCUCUCUUCUCCAUCUCCCUCAGCUAGACUGAUACAUGGCAGCAAAUUAAACCUCUGCAAACCCCAAAAACAUAAUAUUACCAAUAAUCUUCUUCUAUGCAUACACCCAUUUGUCUACACAAUAAUAAUAAUGAUCAAUGAUAACGAUGAUGAUGCAUCAGCAUCAGACGGCUCCUGUUGCUCCUUCACAUCAAAACCAUCAUAUCAGUUCUGCUCCUCCUUCUGUUAGGUCACCCCAACAAUUGCCUUCGCCGUCCCUUUUUUCUCUAGACUCCAAUGGACCAGCCAGGAUUCGACUCUCUGACAUAUUGCCCUAUGAUGGGGCCCCCGUUGGGUCGUACAUCAAGGCCGUUGAGGCCUUGUCGGGCUCCCUUAUGAGGCACAACGCCGCCGUUAUUGAGCUCGGCACUGAUGACAUGGCUUUGAUCCGCUGUGCCCUUGAGGCUGCCCGGUUCUACUUUCGGACUCGGUCCCAGAGUGGUAAGGGUGGUCGAGGGGUUUAUACGUACCGGGCUGGAAGGCCUUUAGAAGAUGUGGAUUUAUCUCCUCCAUGCAUGGCCGAUGUUUUUAGAUGCAUGGGAAAGGCAGCUCGUGCUGCUUUAAGUGCAAUUGCAAGGCAUCUUCGUUUGCGAAGCGAUGUUUUUAACUACUUGCUUGAUGAUAGCCCAUUGCCUGCUAAUGAGGCAUCCUCAUCGGUGCUUGUUUCUAUGCACUCUCACAUGUCGUCGCAACAUGGAAAAGGAGCUAUUGGGGGAGGGAAGAUUGCGGUGAGCGGAGAAGUAGAGAAAGGGUUGUUGACGCUGAUUUCAUCAGAUGCCCCCGGUCUUCAGGUUUGUGACCCCAAUGGUCGUUGGUACCUAGCGGAUAGUAGCUUGGUCCCUGGGGACCUCUUACUGGUCACAGGGAAGGCUCUCAGCCAUGCCACUGCUGGCCUUCGGCCUGCUGCUUCUUAUCGGGCUUCACCCGAUAAUUCUUCAGGCGCUGCUAGUGGUGGAAGGACUUUAUUGGCAUUCAGGCUCAUGCCUCAGGGCAAUGCCAUAUUGGACUGUUCUCCAAUUGCAGCAGCUGGGCACAUAAUUCCUCAGAGCUAUGUGCCAGUCUCUGUAAGCCAGUUUAUGGAUGAUCUUUCUGCUGAGGAAGAUAUACUGCACAACAAGACUGAUAAUGCUUAUAUGGAUCAACAGUUGUCUGGAGAUAAUCUGAAUAGGGAACCAUCACUGAGAAGAAUUCUGUCAGAUCCAUUAUCUGGUGCAUUCCUUGAAGAUGCUAUGCUCGUUUCAUGUGGACAUUCAUUUGGUGGUCUCCUGCUGAGACGGGUUAUAGAAACAUCAAAAUGUACACUAUGCAAUGCAGGAAUUGAGGUGGGGUCUUUGAUCCCUAAUCAUGCUCUGAGAGCUGCUGCUGCAACAGUGAAGCAAGAGGAUGAUCGACGACUAUUUCACAACGCAGCUCUCCGGAAGCGUAGGAAGGAAGCAAGUGACCACAGGCAGGAAAAUGGAGAUGUUCCGUCUGAAAAUGGGUCACAUAAAGGUGUGCAAUAUCCUUUUUCAGUGAAUGAGAAGGUUCUUAUUAAGGGAAACAGGAGGACACCUGAUAAAUUUGUUGGCAAGGAAGCAGUAAUAACAUCAGUGUGUCUUAAUGGCUGGUAUUUGCUUAAGAUUAUUGAGAGUGGAGAAAAUGUUCGACUACAGUACCGUUCUUUAAGAAAGUUUCCCACGUCCCACGACUCCGAGGGCAGAUGUACAUCACAGCCAGUUCAGAACAGCAGCUGAUGCCUCCUUGAUAUUGUGACUUAAAUAUUGGGAUCACUUCCCAGUAUUCUACUCAAGGUUGGAAUUGUGGGAUAUAGUUAUUAUUUAAGUUGUCAGCAUAGAACUGGAAAUUGGAUAACGAGAGUCUGUAUAAAUGUUUGAGUUUCUGGUAGAAUCUUAUAAGGGGAAAAAAAAAAAGAAAAAAAAAAGAAAAAGAAACCCACUUUCUUGGUGAUGAAAAAAUGAUACUGGAGCCUCAAUUAUCUGUAACGUCUGUUUUGAUAUAAAUUAAAGGCAGACUAUUGGUUCCUGUUCCUUUCUUCCAUGGCUGUACUUUUAACCCUUAAGGAUGGUUCCCGUUGUUUCCAUUAUUUAAUAGGUGAAUAGUUCACUUUCA